AUGUCAAAUCAAUAUGUUUAUAACAGUUACCAACAACUGUAUUCCCCUUCCAUUCCGAACGGAAGUCUUCAUGUUGGAACCAGUCCAACAUUUGCAAAUUUGAAUUAUAAUACACCAAGCUCAGCAGAAUCUUCUGCAAGUUCUACAUCUAGCUCUUUGGGAUCUACAGUUACCAGUAACUCGUCCAACUAUUCGUUCCAUACACCAAGAUUAAGAUACUACUUAUCUAAGUCAUUUGACAUCGAGGAUGACAUGGAAUUUUGUCCUGACAUUCCUGAGAUCGCAGGAAAUAGCCCACCGGCCAAGAGAUUUAAUCCUUACACCGCAUCUGUGUUUUCUCCUGUCAUUCAACCCGAAAGCAAUCAUGAACCCAUGUCUCCCAUGAACAGUGGUGCGCAGUCUCCUAGAGUCCACACACCAAGAAUCAAGAAGCCGUUGGAAAUUGUCAAUCCCCAAACAAAGAUGCGUGUAAGUUCUCCUGCUAUCCACAAUAAGUAA